UGAUAAAGAGCGCUCACACACACACACACACACUAGUUACGACGAAAGCCCGUGCGGCGAGAUAAAGGAGAGAAGCUGGACGAAACGGCGCCGCCCCGUUGUUCCCGCCGGCCAAUCCCUUCGAUUCAUGCCUUGAUGAGGCUUCUCUCCCUUCUCUGCGCCUGCUUGGAGAAGAGAUUCAGAGGCCGCCGCCGCCGAGCCGCCGACGAAGAAGCCGAGGACGCCGCCGUCGAGUCGUGGGACCUCUUCUUCGAGCUCCGUACUCUGCAGGUCGCCACCAAUUUCUUCUCCGAGCUCAAUCAGCUCGGCCACGGCGGGUUCGGCCCCGUCUACAAGGGAUUGAUGCCAAAUGGUCAAGAAAUAGCUGUGAAGAAGCUAUCAUUAGAGUCAAGACAGGGGCUGAGAGAAUUCACUAAUGAGGUGAAACUGCUACUAAAAAUUCAGCACAAGAAUUUGGUCACAUUAUUGGGCUGUUGUGCAGAAGGACCUGAGAAGAUGCUUGUUUAUGAGUAUCUGCCAAACAAAAGCCUCGAUUACUUUCUCUUUAGUAAAAAUUCCAAUCCAGAUAAAAAGUAUGCAACCCUGGAUUGGACGACACGAUAUCGAAUAAUAACGGGUGUUGCACGAGGUCUUCUUUACCUACAUGAAGAGGCUCCAGAAAGAAUUAUUCAUAGAGACAUCAAAGCCAGUAAUAUAUUGCUGGACGAACACUUGAAUCCAAAAAUUUCAGAUUUUGGCCUGGCAAGGCUCUUUCCUGGGGAAGACACCCAUGUAAAUACAUUUAGGAUAUCCGGUACUCAUGGUUACAUGGCCCCUGAAUAUGCAAUGCACGGAUAUUUGUCUGUGAAAACAGAUGUUUUCAGUUAUGGAGUUUUGGUGUUAGAGAUUGUUAGUGGAAGAAAGAACCACGAUGGGCAGCUUGGUGCAGAGAAGGCAGACCUCCUGGGCUACGUAAGUUACUUUUGUGAAGAGUUUUGAAGCAAUUUUUGCAACAAAAUGCCCUUCAAUACGAAAGUUCAAUCAAUUCAAUCAUAGUUCAAUCAACAAGAAGCAAUCUUUUAAGAACCUAAGCCUGAAUAUUGCAACAUAAUCCAAUAAAUUAUAGAUAGAUUUCAUCAAAGAAAAAAACUCUUGACUUGAGAGGUUCUUUCUGUAAGUGUAAGCUUCUGUUCUAGGUAAAUGAGGAUUAUGCAAAAUAUUAGCAUAAUCAUGGAAUAUUUUCUAGCAUAUGCACCUCCCAAACACAUUACUUCUUUCCAAACUAUGAUUGUUUUUUUAGUCUUUCUUUUUAAGUUUACUGAAAAGGAAAAAAGUGAAGGCCUUUGGCAUUUAGCCUCAAUUCUCUUGGGCAUUGAAUCACCAUUGUCAAUUUCAUCUCCUGCUUUUACUGGAAUUCCAUCUCAAUUGGGAAUGGGCUAUGUGGGAUUUUGCAUCAAGUAUUUGAUUUCUUAGAGCAUUCACAGUAGACUUCCUAUAUGGGGUUCCAUUUCCUAAGUUAAGGGAAAAUGUAAAAAAAAUCGUAAAAAGCCACCUACAAUAGACUCCCUAAAUGAGCCAUAAACAUGAGGAUUGCUACAGUGAAACCCAAAGUAUAGGGUUCCACUGUAGCGAUCCUUGUG